ACCAUCUUUCAUCCUCAAUCCUUGAUUAUAGCAAAUUCCUCCCCAUCGCACGACUCAAUAUCUGAUCUAAUCUAUUGAUACCCAUUGGCCUGAUCUAAAGGACUUUUCUCACACCCAGAAAUGCAAUGUCUCUCCCCGGUUUAGAGCUCACCCAACCCACCGCGGAGAGGGAGUUUGUCGCCGCCCCGCCGACGCAAAUCAGUCUUUCCAGAGGCUCAGAAUGGAGAUUUGAGGUUGCAUUUGCAACAACAGUGCGAGUAAAGCUUCUAGCAGGUACCGCAGAACUCUUUGGCACAGAACUUGCCGCUUCUCAGACCUACACAUUUUCCGGGACCAAAGCCGCCAUCUACACCUGGCAUGGCUGUACGUUGGAAGUCAGCGCGGGCGAGACGGUCUUAGCGUUCGAUGGAAUGACACCACUCCCGACAAAUGGCGCCCCCCGUGGCUUGGGAGCUGGCGGGUGCCAGAGCGAGUAUACGGCGGAGGAAACACCGAUGGUGGAAUACGCCAAUGUGCACUUUGCGCUGGAGUCGAUGAGACAGGAGGCGAAGGCGACGGGCAAGGAUGGUCCGCGGGUGCUCAUCCUGGGCCCUGAAAACGCCGGCAAGACUAGUCUGGCGAAGAUUCUGACGGCUUACGCGACCAAGGUUGGACGGCAGCCUAUCGUGGUCAACUUGGACCCAGCCGAGGGCAUGCUCAGUGUUCCGGGGACGCUGUCGGCUACUGCUUUUCGGACUAUGAUUGAUGUUGAGGAGGGGUGGGGGAGUAGUCCGAUGUCUGGGCCGAGUCCGGUGCCGGUGAAGUUGCCUUUGGUUUACUUCUAUCCAAUGCAGAACCCACUCGAGGCGGAGGGGACUGUCUACCGGCCUAUUGUGUCGAGAUUGGCCCUGUCUGUGACGGGGAGGAUGGCUGAGGAUGAGGAUUCGAGGGAAACGGGGAUUAUUGUUGACACGCCGGGUAUUCUAAGUCAAGGGAAACCUGGGAGUGUUGAGAUGAUCAACAGCAUCGUUACGGAAUUCGCAAUCACCACCAUCCUUGUCAUAGGCUCAGAACGCCUAUAUAGUACUAUGAUGAAGAAUUAUGACAACAAACCGAGUGCCAGCGCUUCUGCCGUAGCAUCGGACGAGCGAAUCUCUGUCGUGAAGCUCUCUAAGUCCGGCGGAUGCGUCGAUCGCGAUGCAUCAUUCAUGAAAGGGGUCCGCGAGUCUCAAAUUCGGACCUACUUCUUCGGAAACCCCAUUCCUUCCACGGCAUCGGCUGCCCUCUCGCUCUCCGCGUCAUCCACCACCAACGUCACACUUUCCCCUCAUGCUCAGCAGCUCGACUUUGGAUCUCUGUCCGUCUACAAUGUGACUCUCCCGUCGCAAGAAGAGGACGAGGAUGAAUACGAUCCAUCUCAACUCGGCACUGGCGACUCUUUCCUCCCAGGCGGCGGUAACGAUGCUGACACUAAUACACCACAGGAAGAAGAACCCUAUGCGCCGCCUCUCCCUGGCGUAGGAGCAUCAAUCAAUACUGCACCUGCAUCUAACACUUCACCUGAACAUGAUGGCGUGCCGCUGAAGAAGGUUCCGGCACCUGCACCGUCCGCUCUCGCGAAUUCGCUUCUCGCCGUCACACACGCACUACCAAAUGCCAGCCCGUCGGAGGUCCGAGAUGCAAGCAUCAUGGGAUUCCUGUAUGUGGCUGAUGUGGAUAGUGACAAAGGCAAGAUCCGAGCUCUAGCCCCGGUUGGAGGACGGGUCCCUGCGAGGGCCAUUGUCUGGGGGAGAAGAUGGCCAGGUGAAGUGGUGGGAUUGGUUGGGUAACGACAUCACCAGCACAACUAUACAGUCCUUCACUGCAUAUCCAUCAUGUGCAUCUCGGAGUUGCGGGUUUGGCGCGAGGAAAGGAAACGUUAUGGUGUUGACCAGACGAUCGAAACGAUGGUUGGCUCCUUUUUCACAAUGUAUAUAAAAACGAGAUAAUGAAAGAAUGAUGCGGCCAGUAGACGGCAUAACUGGGUAGCUCGUAUACCCCCGGAUCCAUAUAAGGCAAGACGAGGAAAACCUCCACCAUAAGAUAGACACGGGCAACAGCAUAAGCAAUAAAAACCACCACGACAAACAAACCCAGCACAACACUCAUCCCCCGACUGAGCCGGAGAUGCGCAUCCGGCCCUCGCCAGGUCUUCAAACCCGCCCAGACGGCAAAAGCCAACGGCCCCAACCAGCAACAAACACGAAAGCCGCCAAAAGGUC